CUUAUAUUUACAUUUUUUGUAAAAUAUAAAAUAUAUAAUAACCUAAUAUAAGAGAUAUAUAUAUAAAUUGUACAUAUAAAUUUGUAUUUGCCUCGUAUUUACUGUCAUGGAAACUUACAAAGAACUAUUGACAGAUUACACUUCUAAAAUACCAUGUACUUUGUGCAACAAAUUUUCAGUUAAUGAUGGAUCCAUUAUUUGUAGUCAAUGUUUAAGUAGUUCAAGUGAUAUUGAAGACUUGAAUACGUUUGUUACAACAGGAUUGAAUUUGUUUACAAAGAAAAGUAUUAUGGAAAUAGCAUCUUCUCAAUUGCUAAAAUCUAUUUAUUCUGGUCAAUUAUACUGUUACAGACAUAACUGGUUUAUUGCUGGUGGAGAAGAUAAAAAAAAUCUUUCUGACGGAGAUCUCCUUAGUCUAUUGUCAGAAGAUCAAUCACAUGAUCUUUUUAAUGCUUUUGUUUUAGCUUUUAACAAGUUGAAGGAUAGUGACUAUGUAUUUAAAGUUUUAAUGCCUGAAUCAAUUGUAUUUUUAUUUGCUAACGCUAGUAAUGUGUCAAGAAUAAAGGCUGAAGUAGCUCUGAGUGCUUACAUUUCUGAAAGAGAUAAAAAACGUUUCUGUAGCUCACCAGAAGCAUAUUGUACGACUGUAAGACUGGUAUUCAAUCAAUAUUUACUUUUCAUUUAAUAUUUGUAGCAACAAGUUGUAGGAAUAAGUUAUUUUUUAUUAUUCAAACGCUCAACACUCAAAAAGAAAAAAACUAAAGUCUGCGAAAAAUUGCCGAUCUUAAACUGUUUUAGGUUGGCAUCAGGUCAGCAAUUACAUUUAUUCACAAAAGUUCCAUCAUAAAAAGUAGAAACGUAGAGUAUCAAGGUCGGCAAAAAAUUGCCAACGACAAACACUUUAAUAUUGACGGUUAGGUCGGCUUUUCCAAAUGCUGACCCUAAAUCCAAGGGCUGUUCACCAAUACUUUCAAAAUUUUAAAAAAUAUCAAAUAAUUGAAAUAUUUAGCUGACAACGAAAUAAGAA